AAAGUGUUUUCCCCUGUCGUCAUGAAGCAUUUGAGAGGCGAAGGAACGGAGGACGAGCAGCAGUCCCUCAAAGGCGACAAGGACGUCGAGAGCCAGGCCCCGGCCGGCAAGAAACCUGCACGCAAAUCAAUAUUCUGGAGGCUGCGCAGAGAAAAGGACGAAGACGAGGAGACCGAACAGCCAACAGCCGCUGCUGCCGCUGCUUCUGCCACCAGUGCUCAGCCGCGAAGGACCACCUUCUUCCUGCGUGCUCCACGCAAGAGCGAAAUCGAGCUGGUGCACGUGCAUUGCAGACAAACACAGAGACAUCCAUGCGACUUGAAGUUACCCGUCGCAUGUGCAGGGGAAGGAGUGGCUGUACACGAGCUGGUCGAGGCUGCAGAGGAACGGGCCGAUGAUUCUGAAGGUGUUGGGCUUCGUCGGCGGCAUCGGGCUGAUAUUUGAGGGCGUCGAUGACGGGUGGUUGAGACACUUACCGUCCCCUUACUUGGUCGUCCAGUUCUCCUUGUCUCUCUUCUCAGGAUCUUCUCCCUCCUAAAGCCGCUGCAUAUGGUCCUGGACGCCUACCUGGUGUUCUUCGGCCUCUUGUUCGUCUUUCUAGAGUGCCCCCCGGCCAUCCACGCCAUGCCGAGCUUCCAGCCCAUUCAUCGCUUCCUGCGCAAGUACGCCUACUUCACCUGCGGAAUGGUCGGCAGGGGCCUCCUGCAGGUGCGCACCAUUCCCUACAGCACCUGUCAGCCAGGAUGCAAUCGGUCCUCUACAUCUGUCCUUGCAGGUAUUCAUUGCAACGCUUCUGCUGCCGGACAUCGGGCAUGGCAGCAGGCACCGUACCAUCAUUGGCAUCGCCUUGAGGAUUGUGGGUGUGGCCAAUCUGCUGACGGGCGGCUUCGUGGCGAGGAAAGUGCGGGAGCUGAAGGCUCAGAUGAUAGAAAAGCUGAUUGAAUCGAAAGAAGCCAAAGGUGACCACACAUGUGUGACGCAGGGGGAGGCGACAUGCAUUGGUUGUCUCAUCUGCCUCUCUUGCAGGUGAAGAGUUCGAUGAACACGAAAUCAAGUUCAUCCAGAAGAAGUUCGAAGCCCUUGAUCUCAAUGGCGACGGUAAGUAAUCGACUUUUCCCUCUGCUGUCUCUCAGCUUGACUUGACCAAUCACUGGUACGUAUGUGCAGGGUACGUGGAUCUGCAUGAGCUGAAGGCCGGUCUGAAGCACCUCAACUUCGCCCUCGACGAGCGGACGAUAGAGAGGACUUUCCAGGAGUAUGUGACGGGCCGGGGAAAACCCAAGGCCAUCACGAUUGAUCAAUUCGUCGAGUGGUGGUGGGCGCGGCGCACACAGAUUGAUUCAUUCCUCCACAUAGCCUGAGCCGCUGUACGUGCUGUGUCCCUUUCUUGUCUGGAUGCGAACAGGUACAAGUAUCAGACAAGAGAGAGGAGCAGCACAAAAUAGAAGCAGACAAGCCAGUGUGGGUGUGGGUGUGGGUGGCUGCGACGGGAUGCGAUUGAAUCGAUGUCAGCGAGGAGACGUAUACGUCGUCAUGUGUGUGCGCUGGUCGAUAAAUUUCCCAUCAGAUGUGAGCGUAGCAAGGGAAACGCACGUGAUCGGUCAUUCACAACAGGCACGACACCACCGCACCGUGAGGUCGGUGCAUGUGCGCCAGCACCAAGCCUUUUCUUUUUCUAUACUCGUUGACACCAGCAAGUAUCAGUUUGUCAGCGUGCCUUGUCCUUGUGUAACAUUUGAAUGAAUAGAGUGCUCGCAUCAUCCACCAGACGAAACAUCCU